AUGGCAGAAUCAACAGAUCACCCGCUAGCAGGCUGCUGGCAGCCAACACGGCUCCAAGCUCUCUACUAUGGCUCCGGAUCUGUCAGAAAGCAUCUAUUAUGGUGUCUACCCUCUCCGGAGUCAAAAGCCUUCAUUAUUACUGGGUCAUCUCUCGCACAGAGAACGCCUUUGGUUAAGCAAGUGGAAGACAUACCAGGCAAAGACCACCACGCUGGCACGUUUGCCAAUAUCAAACAGCAUGCACCGGUAGCACAGCUUGACGAAGCGACAGAAGCCGUCACGAAGGACUCCGCGGUCAAUACUCUGAUCAGUGUUGGUGGUGAAGUCCCAUUGACCCAGCCAAGGCCAUUUCCUACCGCCUCCAUGAAAAGUCCAACAUGUUUCUCCCCCACAUCACUAUCCCAACCAACCCUGAGCGCCGCAGAAUGCACCGUUGGUGCAGGUUAUACCAGAGAUGACGGCACAAAAAUAGGUGUUGCAGAUCCGGGGCUCGCACCGCACGUCAUCAUCUACGAUGCUCAAUUUGGCAUGCAUACACCACAGAAGCUGGGGCUCUCAACCGGCAUCCGUGCAGUCGACCAUGCAGUGGAAAUGUUGUACCACCCCACAGCUACCGAAGUGCCGGCCAAGCAGCUGGUCUUGACCGCACUGGGCAACUAUUCGAGUGUCAUUCGAGUGUCUACCGAAAAGCAAGAACGAUUUCAAGAACGAGCACUACAUCACAGAAUUGCAGCUGGCGGCCUUCAGCUCGCUGUAUCCACUGGGCACGAACGUUCAGAGUGGACUAGGUCUCAGUCACACUGUUGGUUAUGCGCUCGGCUCGCCGUAAUUAUGGCAUACCCCACGGCAUCACCAGCUGCAUCACGCUUGCGGGUGUGGUGA